AUGAGCGAUUGUAAGGGAAAGAAAUUCGACAGUGACGAUAGCAAUAUUUAUGAAGUUGAAUUUGUGUAUGGUAAGAAAAUGUUCAAAAAGUAAACACUGUAUGCUGUGAAAUGGUUGGGAUGGGCUAAAUCCUAAAUGACUUGGGAGCCAUUUUCCAAUUUUACUCGCAUUUCCAGUUAUCUUGUAAGACGAUUAGAAACAAGACUAUCUUAUGCUUAAUAUCACAAAAAGAUUACUCCUAGUUCAGGGGGUAUACGAGUUCAUAUCAAAGGAAAAUUUUGUUAAGUCUUAUAGAAUGAGGCUAAACCAUAACGAAAAACUAUUGAAUCUGAAAAGAAGAUUGUAUCUCAUUCAUCUGAUACCUAGGAUAUUUAUGAUAAAGCAUAGAGGAUCAUCACAUAAAUGAAAUAAAAUCUUUUCUGCUCGAAUAACAGUAAUGAAAAUCUGAAAAGUUAAAAGAAAGUAAAAAAAUAAAAUAAUCAUAUAUUAAAAAUUGUAAAUUCCUAAGAAAAGAAUUAAACAAUAUCUCAAACUGGUGGUAAUUUAAUAGGGUAAGAAAAAAUAAUACCGAAGUAGAUCAAUAAAUAAAGAGAGUUAAAUAAUUAGAAAUUAAUUGAUUUAGAAUUAGAAAGAGAUAUUGAAUUCUUAAUUAAACACGAAAAAUUAAUGAAAUAAUUUGAGAAUCAAAAAAAAUAAACUAAAUAAGGAAAUUUUUUAAAAAAAAUAAUAAUAAUAAUAAUGGAAUAAUAAUAAUAAUAAUAAUAAUAAUAAUAAAUAAUACUCAAUUAAAAAAAUAUUGUAUAUGAUAAGGAAUAAGAUAAAUAAAAAAAUAAUAAUCAAUUAUUUUGUGAAUUUUAAAUUAUUCUCAAUAAACAUGAUAAUUCAGAGUUAAAUAUUCCAAUUUCAAAAUAAGUUGAACCCAAAAAGAACUCUGAAAAAUAAUGGAUACUUCAAAGGGAUUCAAAUAAUUAAUAAGUGCAUAAAGAACUUCCUAAAAUUGUUUUAGGAAUUCCAGAAUUCAAAGUAAAAAAGACGGCUAGCACAAACGUUCAAGAAACAUAAAGUUAUCGUUAGGAGGACUCUUUUGAAAUUGAUUUAGUAUUAAUUGAUGAUAGUGAAUAAAAGCUAAAAGAGGGAGAAAAAUAGAUAGAUAUGGAAAAAUUAUAAGGACCUUGUGCAUCGGAUGUCAAAAUUACGCAAUAGCCUUACCAAAACAAUUAAUAAAAGAAGGGAAGGGUUGUAAAAUCAGUUCUGAUUGCAAAAACAAACCAACUUAUUACUGAAACUUUUUCUAAGACAGAGAAAUAAUUCAUCUCUGAGGUAUAAGAUGAAUAACCAAAAAGAUAAGUUGAAUUGCCUCAAGGACUUACUUUAAAUCAGUUGUUAUAAUUGGAACCGAAGACAUAAUCAAAUUAAAAAACUCCUACUAAGUAAUAAGCAUAACAAGACAUAUAAAAAUAAUAAUAAGAAAACAAAAUCAUAGAAAAUACGACUUACAGGUGUUGCCUGCCAAUAAUACAAAAAUUAUAAGAUUUUGAAGUCUAAUAACUUGAACAUAAUCUCUUGAAUAUUGAAAUGGUCUAAUAUGAUAUGGAUUUAAUUGAAAUCAGAUUUCAAAAAUUAAUUAUUGAGAUAAUAGAAUCUCAUCAUUUAAUGAUGGGAAAAUUAUUAUUUAAAUGCAUAUAUGACAAUGGAAUGAAAUAUUAUGUGGAAUAUGAUAAAUUGAAAACAUACUGUCCAACAUUAUUAUUAGAUUACAUGAUAGUAAAUUCAAUAUUAAUAUGA